AAAAAGAAAAAUAAGGACUUUGAGGCCAUUUUGCGCCAUUACCUAUGGAUAGGUACCUAAGGUACAUAACCUGCUUACAUAGAAUUUAUCAUAUUCAUUUACUUUUAUUUAGGUACUGGAGAUACGGAAGAAAGGGAUAUCAAUAGAGAUAAAGAGAAAUCUGGCGCAUCCCUGUACGAUCUUGGCAUAUCACCUUCUAUUCUCGGCUGAUUUACCCGUGCAGCAAAGUCGUUAUCGGCGCGUUUUCUUGCAAAUCGGGGUUCUACUGCGCUACUAAUAGUAUGUAUUCCGGCAAUGCAUAUAUAUAUCUCCCUGGCGCAAGGGUCGUAUCGCCAGUUAAUAUAUGUAAAAAUAAAAUUAAAAAAUGUUGUGCGUGAGGGUCAAUUCGUUCGAUAUUCUGCUGUUUCUCUAGACCGUAACGGCUUACUCUCGUCUACCUUACGUAUGUUCUGAAUCGGGGCAAUUGACGAACCCAAAUGUCGAGCAUCGGUGUCUUGGCCAUGAAUACGAAAUGGGCGCUGCUGCUGCUCAUCUCCCUUCUCGCAGGGUUAUCUUUCGCGCACCCCGAUGCGAGAUAUCCGCCGCGAGGUAACGCUGCGAAGGGAUCGAAAACGGCGCGUAGCCCUCUUGCUCGGUUUCGCGAACUUGUUGCUGAAGGACAGGAUGCGCCACCAGCUGCUCUUGCUCACGCAGCUGCUGCGAGCUCUCCCUUGGAAUGCUUCCAGGUUGCUGAGCCGGUGUUAACACCCCAAGGGCCUACGUUUCGCGACGGCGUUCAUGUGCCGAUAGACGACGAUACGGCUUCAAUUGGCGAAGUACCUGGACACACGGUAGUUUUGUUCGAGCACGCCUUCGCAAAUAGUUACGGUGCCCCCUACGUUGGUAAUUACACUCCUCCGGACUUCGAAUUCGAUCAUGUAGUCAUAAACUUCACCGUCCUCGUGAGGGGCCGGCAGUACGAUCGAACGGGCGUCUUCUAUCUCGGAGACACGGAGGUGUGGAGAACGUCCACCGCGGAACCGACUUCGUACGGCAUCCGCUGGGUCUGGCUGAAAGACCUAACCCCGUUCACGUCCCUCUGGAAGACGCCGCAAACCGUGAUCUUCGAUCUGGAGAACAUCGUAGACAACACCUACACGGGGCUCCUCAACACGACCCUCUCGGCAACGUUCUUCAAGAGCCCCGUGGCUGCAAGUGAUGACAGCAGGGGACCUGCCGAUCUGAUCAUCCCCAUUUCCGAGCGGACGGGAUCGGCGGGGCAGCCGAGCCAGUUCACCUACCCGCAGCAGAAUGCGACUAACACGAUUAGCUUCCCUCGGAACGCGAACCGUGCCGUGUUUACAGUGGACGUUAAAGCCCAGGGCAACGAGGAGUUCUGGUGGAGCAAUGUGCCGCAGAGUGCUGUUCACACCUUUGAUCCCGACUAUGGCACAUACCCCGGGUACUCCCCUUGGCGAGAAGUUCAAGUCUUAAUUGAUGACCAGCUUGCCGGAGUUUCCUGGCCGUUCCCGGUGAUUUACACCGGUGGCGUCGUCCCUCAGCUGCACCGUCCAAUCGUCGGAAUAGAAGCAUUUGAUAUUAGGGAGCAUGAGAUUGACAUCACCCCCUGGCUACCUCUCCUUUCGGAUGGGAAAGAGCACACCUUCACGAUCCAGAUCAUUGGUCUAGUUGACGAUGGAAAAUCAAGCGCCUCCCUCGCCCCAGUCACGAACAGUGAAUGGUAUAUCACGGGCAAGAUUUUCGUCUGGCUUGACGGCGAAGACUCCAUCACAACCGGAGAAUUGGGUUCUACGUACGUAAGCGAUCCCAGCAUUGCUUUCUCCCAACGGAUCACGCAGAACUCGACGGGCUUCAACGAGACCUUGGAUUACACUUUAGCCGUGACACGCACGCUGUCCAUCAGCUCCUACGUGAAGACGCAGAACGGCGAGGGCACCGUGACGUGGACGCAGUCCCUGUCGUACUCGAACACCGGCGGCGUGUCCGCGCACGGCAAUGACGCGGUCAACACGUUCGGGAUCGCAGGCGCCGAUGCCGCCACGGGCGCAGGCUUGGACAUUUCGUACUCUACGAGCUACAGCUACCCGCUAUACUGCAGCAGCACGACGUCGUACCUGCCCGAGGGAAACCUCACGCUGCGCGCGGAUCUGAACCAGAGCCUGACGCACGAGGUCCGGGGCGCCUCCGUGUUCCCCAACGGUCUCGAAGCGUUCAUUGCCGCCAACACCACCCCCGGCGCGUCGCGGUUCCGGGGCUCGGUGCUGAGGACGUUGAAGAACGGGUCGGCGACGUACUACAGACCCGCGGAUAAUAGCUACAGCUUGGGCGUCGGGCAGUCGCACCAGAUCUUCUCGUUUGAAGCGCUAAAUGGUGAAGAUGACGGCGAGGAUGGAACGCCUGAUAAUACGGUGGUGUUGUAUUAUCGCGACGUUAGCGCGUUCAACGAUACGAUUACUGAUAACCAUGUUGAGUUUUUGGGGAAAACUGUGGAAUAAGCGGAGUUGGACGUCUUGUUUUGAACAGUGUUUUGGCUUUGUAGCUGGAAUAGGUGCACCUCCUAUAAUAAAUAUUAAGGGGCGACGCUGAAGAUGGUACUUGAAGGUACCUUGGUUAGGUACUUCGUAACUUGAAGCACGCUUAAAUCGAUAAAUAGGAUAGGGUUAUUGAGUAAAUGCAGCUAUAAAAUAUUGAUAUUCAAUUACCGA